AUGGCCAAGAGAAAGAGUGAAGCCGUCAGCGGCGACCUGGAAUCCGGAGGCGUAUCAAACACAACGACGAGUUCCCCGAAAUCCGCGAAGAGAUCCAAGAAGGCCGAUUCGGCUCCUCGAUCGGAUGUUAUAGACGAAGUCAAUGCUCUUGGUCGCACCGAGUUCGAGGAUCGCUAUCUCGAUUCGUUGUCUUUGGAUUACACAGAACGCGCGUCUCAAUCGCAUUGCAACCUAUGUUUCGCAAAUGACAUCUCCGAUAACGACUUUGACGACUGCUUCCACCUGAUCGACACCACCAGUCGCAAGGACUACGAAGGUAGUAGCUGGGGAUGGCAUCCGAAAAGGAAGAGGCGGGAGAUGAAGGAAAAAGAGAUGCGGUACAUUAUAGCAAAGGGAGACUUUCUCCCAGACGAAGAGGGCAAGUUGGAGAAGGAGUUUGAAGGUUUCCUGAGCUUCAUGUUCACGCACGAUUCGACGCCUUCGGUACCGGUCCUUUACAUCUACGAAAUACACCUGGCCGAGAAGGCGAGGGGCAAGGGCCUCGGUCUACAUCUACUGAAUCUUGCAGAGUCCAUGGCGCGGAGGGUGGGAGUGAAGAAAGUCAUGUUGACUUGUUUUCUGAGUAAUACAAACGCCCUGAACUUCUACAAACACCACGGAUUCCGGAAAGACGCAUGCUCGCCGGGAGAUCGAAGGACGAGGAACAAAGUCGUAAAAGUAGACUACAUGAUCAUGAGCAAAGACGUGGACGCGACUCCAGCCACCGACGGCGACAGCGCAGUGCAGGUAAUGGAAGAGGAACCCAUGGAUAGCUUGAUAUCAGACCGGACUGACGAAGUGCCAAGUCUGGACGACUGCCCUAGUGUGAUGCGCGCGUGGAUCGACGGCCUGAAACAACAGGAAUUGCUUAAUCUGGGCCUCGCAGAGGCAGAGAAGGCUCGACAUCUGCUUUCCUCGGAUCAAGACCAAGAAGCCGCCAAGCAUCGCGAUAUCCUUUCGGCGCUGUUCCAAUGCUUGAAGAGUCGCUACGAGGCGGCAAGAGACCUCGAUGAAGUCUUGAGGGAGCAGAUGUAUCAUUUGAAGAGCCAUAUCUUAGACGUCGACCGGAUGGCGGAGACGCUCGCAGCAUCGGUGCAAGACGUCAAAAGCAAGCUUCCACCGUCACCGUCUCAGCUGAACGAAGAGAGCUUCGACUGGGACAAAGCCACAGAACAGGUCUACUCCGCAUUCUACACAUUACUGCGCAAAGCCGAAGAAGUCGACAACCGCCUGGACGACAUCGUCGAACGCGAGCAGGAAGCCGACCAGCGAGAGGACGAUCUAGACGGCCGAGAAGAGGAACUCGACAGCUGGGAAAACGACAUCCACGAGCGGGAAAAGGCCUUGGCGGACCGAGAGGAGCGACUAAUGCGUUCGAAGCGUACCACGAGGACGCAGACGAGUGGGAAGGAGAGCCGGUGA